AUGUCUUCUUCAUCAUCACAAUUCAAACAAUUGGAAAAAUUAGGGAACGGAACAUAUGCGACUGUAUACAAAGGUUUAAACAAAUCCACGGGAGCCUUUGUUGCUCUUAAAGAAGUGAAAUUAGAUUCCGAAGAAGGAACCCCGUCCACUGCGAUCCGUGAAAUUUCACUCAUGAAAGAAUUAAAACAUGAAAACAUAGUUCGAUUAUAUGAUGUUAUCCAUACAGAGAAUAAAUUAACAUUAGUAUUUGAAUAUAUGGAUAAUGAUUUAAAGAAGUAUAUGGAUUCACAAAGUACUGGGAAUACACCACGUGGGUUAGAAUUGAACCUAGUUAAAUAUUUCCAAUGGCAAUUAUUUGAAGGAUUAGCAUUUUGUCAUGAGAAUAAGAUAUUACAUCGUGAUUUAAAACCACAAAAUUUAUUGAUUAAUAAGAAGGGACAAUUGAAAUUAGGUGAUUUUGGGUUAGCUCGUGCCUUUGGUAUCCCCGUGAAUACAUUUUCUAGUGAAGUGGUGACGUUAUGGUAUCGUGCACCUGAUGUUCUUAUGGGUUCAAGAACGUAUACUACAUCUAUUGAUAUUUGGUCAUGUGGUUGUAUCUUAGCGGAGAUGAUUACUGGGAAGGCAUUAUUCCCUGGAACUAAUGAUGAUGAACAAUUGAAAUUAAUAUUUGAAACUAUGGGGACACCAUCAGAGGCUACAUGGCCAGGUGUAUCUACUUUACCUAAAUAUAAUCCAAAUUUUGCUCAAAGAUUACCCAAGGAUUUAAGAAUGGUUUUGCAACCAUAUUGUAAAGAGAAUUUGGAUGAUAAUGUGUUGGGAUUGCUGAAUGGAUUGUUACAAUUGAAUCCAGAUUUAAGAUUGAGUGCCAAACAAGCAUUGCAUCAUCCAUGGUUUGCUGAAUACUACCAACAUUUUUCUCCUGAACAACAGCAACAGCAACAGCAACAGCAACAGCAACAGCAACAGCAAUAG